CGUGCAUGUGUGACUGCAGCACUUCCGUUCUGAGAGACACACGCGUCCACGGACUCAAACCGACACAAAGAGAGGAGCAUGUCGGAUGAGGACUCGCGUGCCAGCUCUAGUUCUUCGUCAUCCUUCUCCUCAUCAUCCUCCAACCAUCAGCAGCAAGAAAAAGACAUUACUGGGAAGAAGAAAGAGAGCAAAGCCAACAUGAGCAAGACCUCCAAACUCCUGUCCACCAGUGCCAAGAGGAUCCAGAAAGAGUUGGCCGAUAUUAUGUUGGAUCCUCCUCCAAACUGCAGUGCAGGUCCUAAAGGAGACAACAUCUAUGAGUGGAGAUCCACUAUUCUGGGUCCUCCAGGUUCAGUGUAUGAGGGUGGAGUGUUCUUCCUGGACAUCGCCUUCACGCCAGACUACCCCUUCAAACCACCUAAGGUGACGUUUCGGACGAGAAUCUAUCACUGUAACAUCAACAGUCAGGGUGUGAUCUGUCUAGACAUCCUGAAGGACAACUGGAGUCCAGCGCUCACCAUCUCCAAAGUGCUGCUGUCCAUCUGCUCCCUCCUCACUGACUGUAACCCUGCUGAUCCUCUGGUAGGAAGCAUCGCCACGCAGUACACGACCAACAGACCCGAGCACGAUAGGAUAGCCAAACAGUGGACCAAACGUUAUGCCACAUAACUGAAUCCAGCUGCAGGGCGCUGCCUGGCGCUCAUCUCGGGGAUGGAGGGUUAGAUGAAUUAUGAGAGGAAAUGGGGUGGUUUUCUCGGAGGGUAGGGGGAUCCAGCUAUAGAGUAGAGAUACAGGGUGAAUUUUAUGAUUGAAUUUAAAUUCCCAUUUCAGUUGUUUUGUCUUUUAUGCCUAAUGUAUGUUUUCUGUUGUUGUUUUUGCUUCCCUUUGGCUCAAGUAGCAUCAUGAUUUGACCGUAAUGGAUCUAAAUGUGUAUUUUCUUUUUCUUCCUGUUGUAAAUUGAUUUUAAUUCUUGUCAAAUGAAAUCUCAGCAUGAGCCUACUGCAAGAUUGUUCAAUGUAUGUAUUUCCCCACCAAUAUUAAAGUUGAAAU